AGUUUCGGCGGGUUCUGUUAAAAUGGCGCCGUGUACACCGGCGGUCCCUGUAUUUUAGCCUGUCAGGGGAGGACGCCGGAGCCCACGCGCGGGGCGCGGAGAGGGGCUGUCGGUGGUGACUGUCAGGAGGGUCCCCGUGUGCAGCAGCGGCGGGGUCAGGGCGGAGUCCCCGGAGCGCGCUCCGGCGUGGGGAGGACCGGGAGCAGCCAGCGGGUGAGUGGCAGGGGCUGCCCACCUGGGUCCCGCCGGCUUCCGUCCCAGCCGCCGUUCCCCUACGUUUUCAGUCCCGAGGCGAGGAUGGCGACACCGGAUCAGAAGUCGCCGAAUGUUCUGCUGCAGAACCUGUGCUGCCGAAUUCUGGGCAAGAACGAAGCUGAUGCAGCACAACAGUUCCAGUAUGCUGUGCGAGUUAUUGGCAGCAAUUUUGCCCCAACUGUUGAAAGAGAUGAAUUUCUAGUAGCUGAAAAAAUCAAGAAAGAACUUAUUAGACAAAGAAGAGAAGCAGAUGCUGCAUUAUUUUCAGAACUUCACAGAAAACUUCAUUCACAGGGAGUUUUGAAAAAUAGAUGGUCAAUACUCUACCUCUUGCUAAGCCUUAGUGAAGAUCCACGUAAGCAGCCAAACAAGGUUUCUAGCUAUGCCACAUUAUUUGCUCAAGCAUUACCAAGAGAUGCUCAUUCAACUCCAUAUUACUAUGCCAGGCCUCAGACUCUCCCACUGAAUUACCAGGAUCGGAACACCCAGUCCGCACAGAGUUCUGGCAGUGUGGGAAGCAGUGGAAUCAGCAGUAUAAGUGUGUAUGCCCUAAAUGGCCCAACACCAACACCACAAUCUCUCCUUCCAGGACAGUCUCAUCAAGCUCCAGGAGUAGGAGAUUGCCUUCGACAACAUUUGGGGUCACGUCUUGCAUGGACAUUAAGUGCAAACCAGACUUCUUUACAAACCACUACCUCAAAAGGUAUCCCAAACCCUGUUUCUCGCAAUGUGGCAAGGUCAAGGAGAGAAGGGGAUACGGGUGGUAAUGUGGAAGUUAAUGAAUCAACUCUAGUAAGAGAUAUUUUGUACGUCUUCCAGGGCAUAGAUGGCAAAAAUAUCAAAAUGAGCAAUACUGAAAAUUGUUAUAAAGUGGAAGGAAAGGCAAAUCUAAAUAAAUCCUUGAGAGAUACAACAAUCAGACUUGCUGAGCUGGGAUGGUUACAUAAUAAAAUCAGAAAAUACACUGACCAGAGGAGUUUAGACCGUUCAUUUGGACUUGUAGGUCAGAGCUUUUGUGCGGCCUUGCACCAAGAACUCAAAGAAUACUAUCGAUUACUCUCUGUUUUACAUUCUCAGCUACAGUUAGAGGAUGAUCAAGGUGUAAAUUUGGGACUUGAGAGUAGCUUAACACUUAGACGCCUCCUGGUUUGGACUUAUGAUCCUAAAAUAAGACUGAAGACUCUUGCAGCCCUGGUUGAUCACUGUCAAGGAAGGAAAGGUGGUGAACUGGCAUCAGCCGUCCAUGCUUAUACAAAAACAGGAGAUCCAUAUAUGAGAUCUCUAGUACAGCAUAUUCUUAGCUUAGUAUCUCAUCCUGUUUUGAAUUUUCUUUACCGUUGGAUAUAUGAUGGAGAACUAGAGGACACAUACCAUGAAUUUUUUGUAGCAUCAGAUCCAACAGUUAAAACAGAUCGACUGUGGCAUGACAAGUAUACUUUAAGAAAAUCAAUGAUUCCUUCGUUUAUUACAAUGGAUCAAUCUAGGAAGGUCCUUUUGAUAGGAAAAUCAAUAAAUUUCUUACACCAGGUUUGUCAUGAUCAAACACCAACUGCAAAGAUGAUAGCUGUUACAAAGUCUGCAGAGUCACCCAAGGAUGCUGCAGAUUUAUUCACAGAUUUAGAAAAUGCAUUUCAAGGGAAAAUUGAUGCAGCUUAUUUUGAGACCAGCAAAUAUCUAUUGGAUGUUCUCAAUAAAAAAUACAGUUUGCUGGACCACAUGCAGGCAAUGAGGCGGUACUUACUUCUUGGUCAAGGAGAUUUUAUAAGGCACUUAAUGGAUUUGCUUAAACCAGAACUCGUCCGUCCGGCUACCACUCUGUAUCAGCAUAACUUGACUGGAAUUCUUGAAACUGCUGUCAGAGCAACCAAUGCACAGUUUGACAGUCCUGAAAUUCUCAAAAGACUGGAUGUUAGACUUCUGGAGGUCUCUCCAGGUGACACUGGGUGGGAUGUCUUCAGCCUAGAUUAUCAUGUUGAUGGACCAAUUGCCACUGUAUUUACUCGAGAAUGUAUGAGUCAUUACUUAAGAGUAUUUAACUUCCUGUGGCGGGCUAAACGGAUGGAAUAUAUCCUUACUGACAUACGAAAAGGACAUAUGUGUAAUGCAAAGCUCCUGAGAAAUAUGCCAGAGUUCUCUGGGGUGCUGCAUCAGUGUCACAUUCUGGCAUCUGAAAUGGUCCAUUUCAUUCACCAAAUGCAGUAUUACAUUACAUUUGAGGUGCUUGAAUGUUCUUGGGAUGAACUUUGGAACAAAGUACAGCAGGCUCAAGAUUUGGAUCACAUUAUUGCAGCACAUGAGGUUUUCUUAGAUACCAUCAUUUCUCGAUGUCUACUGGACAGUGAUUCCAGAGCGCUUUUAAAUCAACUCAGAGCUGUGUUUGAUCAAAUUAUUGAACUUCAGAAUGUUCAAGAUGCAAUAUACAGAGCUGCAUUGGAAGAAUUACAGAGACGAUUACAGUUUGAGGAGAAAAAGAAACAGCAUGAAAUUGAGGGCCAGUGGGGAGUGACAGCAGCAGAGGAAGCUGAAGAGAACAAGAGGAUUCAAGAAUUUCAAGAAUCGAUACCAAAAAUGUGUUCACAGUUGCGAAUAUUGACACAUUUCUACCAGGGCAUUGUGCAGCAAUUUUUGGUGUUACUGACAACCAGCUCUGACGAAAGUCUCCGGUUUCUUAGCUUUAGAUUGGACUUUAAUGAACAUUAUAAAGCCAGAGAGCCAAGACUCCGAGUGUCUCUGGGCACCAGAGGGCGACGCAGUUCCCACACAUGAAGCAUUUUGUUUCACCACAAGAACUACAAAAGAUAUUAAUUGCAUUAAUUAAACAGAAAAAUUUACAUUUAAAUUCUAAAGCCAAAUGACAUGCUGUGCAGUGACUACCAUUUCUGUCACCAAUACUUCAGGUGUUUUGAUGGCAAGGUGUUAUGGUAGAAUUAAAGGUCGUGUUUUUAUACCUUGGAGUUGAAUAUAUUUGUAAUAUCCCCAAGUUAAAUAGGUUGGUUUGCACUAUUCAGAUUUAUUGUUUAAAGUCUUCAUAUUUAAAGGAUACCACACUUUGUUGAGGCUUCUUAAGCUCUCCAUAAUAUAAUUUAUAUUUGUCACUUUUUAAACAAUCACAAUUUCUUUUUGAAAAUAAUAGGGUGAUUGGGUAUUCAUCAGGUAAAAUGGUAAUGUCAUUACUAUUUUUUAAACAUCCUCUUUAAAGGCCAUUUUUGUUAAUAUAGUCAAAUUAAAUUGAAAAACAAUGUCCCUACCAAGAAAAUGUAGAGUAUUUUAUUUUAGUUUUGUGUGUGUUCUAAAGUAUUAACCUCUGUGAGAACUUUUGAGCCUCGAUGAAUUAUCUUUACAUGUUAAUUCUUUUUUUCUCUUCGUUCAAAGUUUACAUUUUUGUAUUUAAUUUAAUAUUUUAGAGAAGUUCUAAAAUAGUGAUAUGGAACAUAAACAUCCUUAAAAAGUGAUAACUAAAUUUCUUGAAACUGUCAGCUGUAGUAAUGUGUAAAUAUGAAUGACUAGAAAACUUAAUGAAGUAUUUUAUUUUCAAAAUUCUGAGAAGCAUUGGAAAGAAAUUGACUUGGAUAAUGAAGAUUUCCUUUUUCCUUGCCUAUUUUUUCAUUGUAAAUAUUUAUAUACUUCUGACCACAUGUUGGGGGGUACUGUUUUUUGUAAAAAUGUCAUAUCAAGUCAUAUAAAUCUGCCUUUAUUAUGUUCCACAAGUGAAAACUGAGAAAAUUAAAAGCAAUUAUCUUUCAA